AUGAACCUUAAUCAUUAAGCAAUUAGUUAGGUAAGGCAAGAUUAGCUUGUAGGAGAAGAAAAGGUCAUUAAAAAAUUAAUAUGUAAUAUUUGCUAGUUUUUAUUAUAAAAUCCUUUAAUGUGCAAUAAGUGUAUGAAUAUAUGGUGCGAAAAAUGUUGUCAACAAAAUUUACAUCAAAGAGUUCAAAGAUGUCCUAAUUUAUGCGAAGAUGUAGAAUUUUUAAAGUCUCCACCUCUUUUAGACGAAUUGUUUAAAAUUAUUAAAAUAAAAUGCCAAUUCUACAAAAAUAAAGAAGAACCUUAAUUUAUUUGCAACAAAAUACUUGAAUAUAAUGAAUAUUCUCCUCAUUAUUAUACAUGUGAAUUUGGCUAUGAAAAAUGCGAUAUAUAGGAGUGCUCUAAACUUAUCAAAAGGAAAGAAAUUAACGAGCAUAAAAAGGAAUGUCCAAACAAAGAGUAAUUGCUUAGAAUGGUUAAAGGAGCUCAUCUCAAAACAAUAAAAUAGGGAAUUUUACUAAACCAAAUUACAGAAUUAACAGAAAGGAUUAAAAAAGAUAAUGACAAACUUUCAAUUCAGUUAUCAGAAAAAUCAUAAAAAUUAUAAUAAGUGUAAUCUUUUUAAUUAAAUUAAUGUAGGAAGUGUUUGCAUUUAUUGUAAAAAGAUAAGUAAUGA